AGAGGACCGUGCCACUGCCUGAAGGCUGAUGGAUUGUAACUGCAGUUUUGUGAAAUUAUAAAUAUACCACUGAGGUAACGAAACUAACUCAAGAAGAAUGGAAGAAGACAGCCUGGAAGACUCAAACCUUUCUCCGAAAGUUUGGCAUUCUGAGAUGACAGUGUCGGUGACAGGCAAACCACCUAGUACCGUAGAAGAAGAAGGACUACCUAAAGAAACAGGUGUAGAAAUCAUCCCAGAAAUCCUAGAGCCACUCUCCCUUCCAGAUGUGCUGAGGGUCUCUGCAGUCCUGGAGGAUACCAUAGACCAGCUCUCUAUUUUAAAGUACAUCAUGCAGAUUCAGUGCGAACGAAGACAGAGCAUCAGCAUGAAAAGUGGAGAAAUGAAUCUAGAAGGAAAGAAUCUACACAAACUUCCAGUGGCCUCAACAAUCACAAAAAUACCUCGUCCAUUAAUAUCCAAAGAAGAACCCGAGUUGCCAGAAAUCAGACAAAGAGGCCAAUUUCCUGUGGAGUUUAACAAAAUGCAGGAUCUUAUCUUUAAAAAUCCUACAAGGCAGACCAUAAUGACUACGGAGACACUGAAGAAAAUGCAGAUUGAUAGGCAGUUUUUCAGUGAUGUGAUUGCAGAUACCAUUAAGGAGUUGCAAGAUUUGGGCACUUUCAACAAUCUCCUGAAAGCUCUGAGCAAAGAGCGGGAAAAAAAAAUGCAUUUCUAUGACGUCAUUGCCAGGGAGGAAAAAGGAAGAAAACAGAUAAAAUCCCUUCAAAAACAGCUAAUUAAUGUCAAAAAAGAAUGGCAAUUUGAAGUACAGAGUCAGAAUGAAUAUAUUGCUAACCUCAAGGACCAACUGCAAGAGAUGAAAGCAAAAACCAAUUUGGAGAAUCGCUACAUGAAAAUCAAUACUGAGCUGCAGAUUGCCCAGACCCAGAAAAAGUGUAACAGAACAGAGGAACUCUUGCUGGAAGAGAUCGAGGUAAUCCCUGGGACAUUAGGAAAGAACCCGGAGAUGGCAUUUGAGCUCUCACUGCUGAUACUGUCUCAGCUAACGAAGGAGGGAGAGGAAGAUUUCCCUCCAUCUCUCCAACAGCCCCUGCACUUGAGGUUGAAAAUAAAAGCCAAACUUGAGGAGAGGCUAGAGUUCUGGAUGGAGAAAUAUGAUAGGGACACAGAAAUGAAGCAGAGUGAACUAAAUGCUCUCAAAGCUGCAAAGGCCAGUGACUUAGCACACCUUCAAGACCUCGCAAAGACGAUAAGAGAGUAUGAACAGGUCAUCAUUGAAGAUCGUAUAGAAAAGGAGAAGAGCAGGAAGAAGGCAGAACAGAAUCUCUUGGAAUUAAAGAGCGUCAUAAAGAUCCAGGCCUGGUGGCGAGGCACUAUGAUACGGAAGGAAAUUGGUGGUUUCAGGAUGCCUAAAGACAAAGUUGAUAGCAAGGAUUCAAAAGGAAAAGGCAAAGGCAAGGAUAAGAAGAGAGGCAAGAAGUGACCAAGUUAUCUUCUGUCUUUUCCUCUGGUACUCUGGAGGUGGGAAGGGCGUGGAGAGAGUAAGAACCGCCUCAUACCAUCACAGGUGACUCAUCUACAAGUUGUUUCCUAUGGAGAUGCUUCCAGGCGAAGCCUGCUGAUUUCACUCUCUGAUUUAGGAUUAUACCAUUGACUUAGGGCUUUCUCAUACCUUGCUGUAAAGAAGUUUCUGGUAGUCCUGUGAAGAUUCAUUCUUCUUGCUCUUUCUCAGCAGAACCAAGCAGUUCUUUGUCCUAGUACCAGCGAUGCAUUAAAACUUCAGUAAUUCCUGUAAUGUCUGAUUCUGCUUUUACCCAAUUGUCUGUAGUGAAAAAAUUCUUAUGAGCAAAAGUAUUGAGUAGGAAUUAUAAAGUGAUGUUUAUUAGCUGUCCAGCAUAAUACAUACACAGUAAAGUUUUAAUAAAUGUUGGUUCCUGCCUGCUUUU